AUGUCGCUGCUUAGCGGAGAUGAUCUUGCGGAGAGCCCCCGCGCGCCGCUGCACAAGAAUCACAGCACCAGCCUGGACUCCUGUGCGAACGGACCAGCAGAGUCCGUUGGAAGCGGGGGCGAGGCCGCCAGUACCGGGUUCAACUCUUAUGAGCCCGUGGCAGCCUCGGCUUUGCCAAUGGCAAGCCGAGAUCGCCAGAAAUUUCCGUCCUUAUUGACAGCUACCAGCAUUCGGCCCAAGACGGAUCAGUCUGAGGUGUAG